CCGGGGGCCGAGCCUACCUGUGAUCCAAGAUGGAGACACAGCGGCUGUGCCUCAGAGCUGGUGGGAGGCACAGACCAGGGGGAGCCAGCCCAGGGCUGGCGGGGAGGCUCGGGGAGGGGGCUGCCCUCAGGUUCCCCCAAGCAGGAGCCCCACGGCGCCGGCCCCAACGGGCUCGGGCGCGUCCACAGGCCCUCGUGUGCCUGCGGGGCAGGGACCUGCUCCAGCGCCGGAGCCUCAGGCCCUGGAUUCGGCCGGGCGGGCGGGGGCUCUCAGGCCCGGAGGCGGGGAGGAAGGCUGGGUGCAGGGCGCUUCGGGCUCCUGUCCCCUUCCCUCAGGGCCGCCUGGCGCUGA